AUGACCGGUAGAGGUAGAGUAGCUGAAGUCACCAAUGACCUCCUAGAGCGAAUGACCCAAGUUCUGGAGGCCUUAGUGCACAACCAAGAUGGAGAGCCAGCUAAGUAUAGAGGGUUAUCUGCCUUCACUAGGCAUAAUCCUCCAAAGUUUGAAGGCAAGUUUGACCUAAAGGAGCCCAGAGGUGGGUGGCUGAUGUGGAGAAGAUCUUCCAUGCAAUGGAUUGAUGGAGUUGCUAGUCAGACUUUGCCAUAUGAGGAUGACUAUAUUAAGUGGGAGACAUUCAAGGCAAGUUUACUAGGGAAUUACUUUCCCCGGAAUUUGAAGAAGCAGAAGGCUCGGGAGUUUCUUGAGCUAAAACAAGGAAAUAUGACAGUGGAGGAGUAUGCAGCAACGUUCCAAGAGUUGAUGAAGUACUGGCCUCACUACCAACAUGAGGAUGGAGAGGAAGACCUGUGUGCUCAGUUUAAGCAUGGGUUGAGGCCAGAGAUCCGAGCUGACUAA